ACUGUAAACGCGCAUCGCUCAUUGUGAGACGACAUAAGUGUACGUGGAGUUCACGCAUACAUUGACACGCCACGACGCGUAAAAGAGGCAGUGUGACCGCCCGCGGUAUACGCGCAGUAUCUAAACGAGCGCCUUCUCUCCGCUCUGCGUUAGCAAAUUUGUUGACAGCGUCGCCAGAGAGGAAAGAUGGCGGCGCUCACUGCAGCGGAGCGAACAGUUGACACAGAGCACUUUUCAGAGUCAACGCGCUCACUCAGCUCAGACACCGAGGCUUUCCCUGCGGAGUCAGCACAACAACACGACUUUGUAGUGGAUUUCAUAGAGAAAGAGGUUGGCAGCGACCUGAAAUCCCUGAAAAAUGUCAGCAACCUGCUGAAAAAACUGACAGACGAGAACAACGUCCUGGAAGAACAGGUUCUGACUGUAUCCAGCUCUGUGCCUCCUAAAGUUUCUGCAGCUCUCUCAGCUGCUGAGGAGGCCAGAUGUUCCCUGGAGGAGCUGCUGAAGAAGGAGCGACUCAUCUCCAACAUGCUGCACCAGCAUCUCCAGGGGGCCCAGCCUUGGAUGGAUAAUCUUGGCCAGAUCCUUAACCAAGUGGACCACAUAGAGCGACACAUGGAAUACCUACGCUGCCUUCAACAUAUCGAGGAACUCAGUGCUGCAGUCCAGCAGUGUCUGAUGACCAGCAGUGUGUGGGAGGCCAUCAGAGCAGUAGACAGCAUGGCGGCACUGGACACAGGACUCAGCGAGUCUGCUUGUUCUCAUCUCCAGGACUUCCUCCGGGAAACGCUUCACUUCUGGCACAAGAUUAUCAAAGACCGACUGACCAUUGACUUUGAGAAAGUAUUGACUCAACUCCAUUGGCCAAUCAUCUCUCCACCCACACAGUCGCUUACACCCACGGCCAACUCUCCUGAGAUCAGCAGCCAACUGGAACUGCUCGUCACACAGCUGCUCGCUCUGCAGACCUCUGAUGACAUUUUAUCUCAGAAGGAUUUGGCCUCUGGAAAGGGUGGACCCUCUGCUCAGACUGUGUCUUUGGCCACGCCUACAUCCCUAGCUCCUCCCCUCUGCCUGCCCGUCCAGAUCAUGCUGCUGCCGCUCAGCAAGAGGUUCAGAUAUCACUUCUUUGGCAAUCGACAGACCAACACACCCAACAAGCCAGAGUGGUACCUCACACAGGCUUUGAUGUGGAUGGGGCACAGCACCACCUUCAUGGAGGAGAAGAUUCAGCCAAUUCUGGACCGAGCUGGGGCUGACAUUAGCGCCAGGGUGGAGCUUUGUCGAGGCCUGCUGUCUCUCGUGCAGGAGAAAGUGGCCAGCGAUGCUUCCAGGCUGUUGUACGACGACGCGCUCUUCUCUCACCUGGUAGAGGAGGUGCUGCAGUUUGAGAAGGAGCUGCGAAGCAACCACUCAUACCCAGCGUCACUGCCCGGUCUGCUGCACCUCCUGCUCGAGGACGCUGUCCUGCAGAAGUGGCUCACUGUAGAAAGAAAAAUGGCAGUGGAGAAGAUGGAUGCCAUGCUGUCAGCUGAGGGAGCCUGGAGCUCUCAGUACAAAGACAUCAGUGAUAUGGACGAGCUGAAGGCUCCAGACUGUGCAGAGACCUUCAUGACUCUGCUACAGGUCAUCACUGAGCGAUACCGGGGUUUGCCCUGUCCCUCUGCCCAGCUGAAGUUUCUGGGGCUACAGAGAGAACUGGUGGAUGAUUUCCGCAUUCGACUCACUCAGGUGAUGAAAGAGGAGUCUCGCUGUCCACUUGGUGCACGUUACUGUGCCAUUCUCAAUGCUGUCAACUACAUCUCCACCAUCUUGUCAGACUGGGGAGAUAAUGUGUUUUUCCUGCAGCUCCAGCAGGCAGCUGUGUCUCUCGGAGACGACGUGGUGUUGCGAGACCUUGGGGUGUUGGAGUUGGGCCGUCUGGCCUCUCUGGAGGGCUCUCUGUUUGAAGGUCUGUUGGCAUUGCUGGAUCGCCUGAAGGGAGACAUGUUGGGGAGACUGUUGGAAUGGACCAUGAGGGAAGUCAUAGAAAAGGCCAGGCCAUAUGGCCAAGACAGGUGGUUGUCCCUACCAUCCCAGCAUGACCUGUCCACCAUGACACUAUCCAGUUCAGCUUGUCCCAUGAUGCUGUGUGUGAGGGACAGGCUGCUGCACCUUCAUCAGAGUCUGAGUCUUUCUCUGUUCCAACUAGCCUGGCAGGGCCUGGCAGACAGGCUGGACAACUUUCUGUACCAGGACGUGAUCCUGUCCAAUCAUUUCAGUGAUGGUGGAGCAGCUCAGCUUCAGUUCGACAUGACCAGAAACUUGUUUCCUCUGUUUGGACACUACUGCAAAAGACCUGAGAACUUCUUUAAGCAUGUUAAGGAAGCGUGUAUCAUCUUGGGUUUGAACGUUGGUUCUGCUCUCCUACUAAAGAACCUGCUGAAAGAGUCAGAGAAUGAGACGAGAGACUGUACGGGUGUGGACGAUCCCUCACCCGAGUCUGCGCUCAAUGAGUUGGGGGUUUACUGCUUGGCAUCGUGCGACGUGUUGAUCCUCCUCAGCCUCAGGGCAUCCUGGCCUGGACAGUGACACUCCCUCCAUUGUCGGUGUGUGCGUAUCGCACAUAAAUGUUUUUUCUGAGUUCCUUUAAACCAGGGGUGUCAAACUCAAAUGGUCUGGGGGCCAAUGAGCAUCUAGUCUGGUCAUGAGGGAGCUGGUCUAGUGAAUUUUGUGGGUUUGUGUAAUAAACCAAUUCGACCUGUAAUGCUCUUAAUUUAAAUCCAUAACCUCCAUAACAUCUCGCAUGUUUUUCUUUGUCGUUUUGUGUCAUUUGAAAAUUUGAAAUUUGUAGCUGACAGAGAUGAUCAAAUGUAAAUCUGAAUGGUUGUCCAGUAACAGUAGUAAUAUAUGCAUUUUAUAUCUGAACACACUUGUUCUAAAGAUAAUCUACAAUCUAUCACCUACCGCCGUAAUCAUUCACCCACCUUGUGGCUGUGUAGCGUGAACAUGAUCCUGGAUCUGCAAGUACAAGGAGGCAUAAAUCUCAAAUUAGUUUUUAAUUUAGACUACAUUUUUGUCAAUUUAAGUUUAAUACUGUCUCAUGACAUUACAAACUUUUAAGGAUGUAUAAUGUGUCAUUUUAGUGCAGACCAUCCCAUCAAACAUUGUCAAAAAAAUACAACCAUUCAUUGUUUAGAUCAUCCUUCUUUUUCCAACAAACACUAACCAGUGUUUUUCCCUUGUUCCCCGUGUGUCCCCACUACUCCAUAAAAAAUGUGAUUAAAAAUGUGUCAAUGUUCAA